UAUCUUUUUCAUAUCCCAGCUAACAUUGAGACAAAACUUGAACUUGACUAGUCAUUUUUCAUAUAAUUUGGGACACCUUAUAUAUAUACACACACUCAGCUUCUUAAUAGUUCGCUUAUUCAAGAGUAUUUACUUUGAACUAAGAACAAUUAUAUUUUGCAUAUAUAUCUUCUUGUGCAACUAAUUAAGAAUCAAGUAGAAGAAACAUGGGAGUACAAGGCACUUUGGACUAUUUCUCUACUUUAUUAAGUAGCACCAAAAAGAAGAAGAAGAAGCAAACUCAAACGGUGGCUCUCAAAAUCAGAAUGGACUGUGAAGGUUGUGCUCGCAAGGUUAAACAUGUCCUUUCCGGUGUUAAAGGAGCUAAGUCGGUCGACAUAGAUUUAAAGCAGCAGAAGGCAACGGUGACCGGAUACGUUGAGCCAAAGAAAGUUUUGAAGGCUGCUCAGUCAACAAAGAAGAAGGUUGAGUUGUGGCCAUAUGUUCCGUACACAAUGGUGGCUCAUCCUUAUGUCUCUGCUGCCUAUGAUAAGAAGGCACCUCCCAAUAUGGUUAGAAAGGUUGCUGACACCGCCAACAUAACGGAAACCACCGUUGACGACGGCUACAUCCAAAUGUUUAGUGAUGAAAACCCAAAUGCUUGUUCAAUCAUGUAAUAUACUGCUAUAUAUUAUUCAAACUAAGAUUUUAUUUUUCUAUUUGUUUUGUCCUUAUUAUUAGAUAAGUAAUUAAUCGAAAAUCAUGCUUGGCCUGUGGUUUAUUUUGUGUAAAUAAUAAAAU